AUGUCGGCCAGUCCGACAACGUCGGCUACGGACGUGAGCCCUCCUCUCACGACGGAUAAUGACCAUAACCAUAGUGGACUGGUAGUGGUCAUCACCGCGGUCAACUUGUCUCUAGUGUUGUUUUCUCUCGCAGCGCGCAGCUUCUCUUCGUACCAUAGGAAUAGUCUACAGCGAGACGAUUAUACAUUCGGGGCUCUCGUGCUCACAGCAAUAAUCCAGAUCAUAAUUGUGUUUUGCCAGGUCCAUUAUGGGUGGGGAACCCCGAUAGAUGGCAUCGAUCCCACAAGCAAAGAGCAAAUGUUGAAGACAGUAUAUGCUGCCGAUAUCUUCUCCAUUAUCGUCCUCGGCCUUUCAAAGAUGACAGCCUGCAUGUUCUAUAAAGGCCUAUUCUCCCAGAUACAACGUCAAAUUUUCUACGUCGUUCUUCUGGUAAUGGUCGCAUGGACAAUACUAUCCGCAUUUCUAUUGGGAAUUCGAUGUUCUUCUAAUCCCUGGUCUGAAAUAACUGCCGCUGAGUGCAGUGGAUUGCGUCUCCGUUGGGAAGUCAUUACAGCCCUUGACAUUUCCACCGAGAUCCUACUUCUUGUCUAUGCGGCACUUGCAAUACAUAAAGUCAGGAUCUCGACAAUCAAAAAGAUCGUCGUUUUUUGCGCUCUCGAGAGUCGGAUUCUGCUCAUCCCCAUCUCGGCAGUUCGUCUGCAUUUCAUCCUAGGCCAACUCUCCUCGGAAGAUCCCACUCUCUUCGGGUCCUUUGCCACAGCCUCAACGGAGAUAUAUAUAGGGCUAAGUGCCAGCUGCCUCUUAACGGCUUUUCUCAAGUCCUUCGUCGCAGUCUAUGAGGAUGAUAUUGGGAUAACAUAUACGUAUCGAAGGCCGUCAAAGUCUGACUCUCGCUCGAGAACUGCUAUGCCGAAAGAUACAUCAUCUCACCGGCUCUCCCGUGGUAUGGGCACAGAGCGAGGAGCAAAGGGCUGGGAGCGAGAAGAAGAUCCGAUCAUUGAAUCCUAUGAGGUCAUUCAGGGGUUAGGAAUUAUGAAAACUGUACAGGUGAGCGUACAAGGCGAGUCUAUAGAGCUACCAGAGCGAGGGGGACUAUAA